ACUCAGCCGCUGAGUUGUUUAAAUAUAAAUGUUAAAUUACUAGUUCUUUCAAUUAGUCACCGACUAUUGAAUCAUUUUUACUUCAAAUAAAAUACUUUGUGUUUCUUUUAAUAUUUACAAAACAUUGUCAAGUUUUUAAUAAUUAAAACUACAAUUAAAGUUUGAAAGUUGGAUUUUUUUUGGCAGUAUAAUUAGUAACUAUGGGUACUAGACAAUCAAAAUUAUCUAAAGAUUUGUCUACAAUACCACCAGGAAAAUUUUCUCCAGUACGCGAAAAUACUCAAGAGUUUCGCAAAACUAGAAAUUUACACUUGCCUACGAAUAAUUUAUCAACCAUGGAGCGGGAUCAGUUAGGACAACGUGGACCAGGUGAUGAAAUUUCGGCGAAUCUUGUACGUGGGCUUGAUCACCUUCGUAAUCCUCAAUUAAAUAAGGGCAUGGCGUUCAGUAUUGAAGAAAGACAAAUCCUGGGGAUCCACGGUCUACUUCCAGCAGCAGUAAAAACCCAAGAAGAGCAACUGGAACUGUGUCGGUUGAAUUUAGAUCGUUACACAGACGAUCUGUCUAAAUACAUUUACUUAACCAGCUUACUCGAUAGGAAUGAGCGUCUGUUCUACCGUUUGCUCGGCGAGAACGUUGAGAAGAUGAUGCCUCUGGUCUACACACCAACUGUCGGGCUUGCGUGCCAGAAAUUCGGUCUAAUCUAUCGGCGUCCCCGGGGUCUCUUCAUCAGCAUCCACGACAAGGGACACGUGUAUGACGUGGUAAAGAACUGGCCUGAACACGAUGUCAGAGCCGUGGUAGUUACCGACGGUGAGAGGAUUUUGGGUCUCGGUGAUCUGGGUGCUAACGGGAUGGGUAUUCCUAUUGGAAAACUCUCUCUGUACACCGCGUUGGCAGGCAUAAAACCUCACCAAUGCCUUCCAAUUACUCUGGACGUCGGUACCAACACUCAGUCUCUUCUGGAUGAUCCUCUCUACAUCGGACAUCGGCAUCAGCGAGUCACUGGUCAAGAGUACGAUGACUUUAUCGAUGAGUUCAUGAAAGCUAUUGUCAAGCGCUACGGCCAGAAUACUCUGAUCCAGUUUGAAGAUUUUGGAAACAGGAAUGCAUUCAGAUUGCUGAUCAAAUACCGCGAUCAUUAUUGUACUUUCAAUGAUGACAUCCAAGGUACUGCUUCUGUUGCUGUUGCCGGUUUGUUAGCUUCUCUCAGAAUCACUAAAACAAAAUUGGCUGACAACUCUAUUGUUUUUCAGGGUGCUGGAGAGGCUGCACUAGGAAUCGCCGGGUUAUGCGUGAUGGCGAUGAUGAAAGAAGGAAUAAGCGAAAAAGAGGCAAUCAGCAAGAUCUGGAUGGUUGAUUCUAAAGGAUUGAUUGUUAAAAACCGUCCUUCUGGUGGAAUUACCGAACACAAGGCUAAGUUUGCCCGUGAUCAUGCUCCAAUUGAUACAUUAGUUGAAGUAGUGAAGACAGUGAAGCCCACGGUAUUGAUUGGAGCCGCUGCAAUUGGUGGUGCCUUCACUAAAGAGAUUCUUCAUGAUAUGGGAGAAUUCAACGAGAGACCAGUUAUCUUUGCUUUGAGUAACCCUACUAGCAAAGCUGAGUGCACUGCGGAAGAAGCUUACACUGCAACAAAUGGACGUUGUAUAUUUGCAAGUGGAUCUCCCUUUGAUCCAGUAACCUUAAAUGGAAAAACUUACCAUCCAGGACAGGGAAACAACAGUUAUAUCUUCCCAGGUAUUGCUCUUGGUGCUAUUUGCGCUGGUAUGAAAACAAUCCCUGAAGAAACAUUCCUCGUUGCCGCUAACGUUCUUGCGGAUAUUGUCACAGAAGAGGAUUUGAAUUCUGGAAAUUUGUACCCUCCACUUAAUCACAUUCGGGAUUGCUCGCUGAAAAUUGCUGUCAAACUUAUGGAGUACGCAUACAAUGAAUCUUUGGCAACCGUACAUCCUCAACCGGAAAAUUAUGACGAGUUUAUUAACGCUCAAUUGUAUGAUACUGAUUACAAAACUGCACUACCUGUUACGUAUUCAUGGCCUAAACUUUAAAAAUUUAUUAUUGAUUUAAAAUGAUAAAUAAUGAAGUUGUUAAACAUUUAGAAACAAUGAAAGUAAUUCACAAAAUAAUUUUUAAUUAAUGAACAAAAAUUAAUAAUAUAUUAAUAUCCGACUGAAUUUAAUUUUGAAAAGUAUAUUUGUAAUGAAUUACUAUUAUUGAUUUUUAUUACUUUUAAUUAGCUAUCACACGAUAUUAAUUUAUAAUUUUAUGUACAGAGGAAAAUAAAGGUUUAUCAAGUUAGAAGAAUCAA